GCUUGGUUUUGUUUGGCUUCGGACGGACGCCGGCCGGCCUGCGGUACAUAAAUAGAGGACGCCACAGCCCCGCGCGCUGUAUCAACCACCAGAAUGCUUCUGCCACUGGCUGUGCUCUUUGCCUUCGGUCUUACCAACUUGCUUCAAGCACAGGCGUCCGCUGUAAACGCAACACUUCUCACGAAUCCAGUGGAGGUCGGCCUUUACUAUGAAACGCUUUGCCCGCACUGCCGGGGGUUCGUCAUCGAGCACUUGCUUCCGGCGUAUCUAAAAGCUCCAGAACGGAUCAAGCUUAAACUGGUCCCGUAUGGAAAUGCUGAGACGUUUGAAACGCCAGAAGGAUACAAUUUCUCUUGCCAGCACGGUCCACGGGAGUGUGAGGGAAACAAAAUCCACUCGUGUGCCAUAGACAUCGUCGAGGAUCAGACCUCUUUGGUAAAGCUGGUGGAGUGCACGAUCCGCAACGAGACAUUUCCUGAAGCCAUUGGCGAGCAGUGCGCCGGCGACUUGGGGAUCAACUGGCAGCCGAUACUGGAGUGCUCCAGAGGUUCGAGGGGCAGCCUGCUGCUGAAACGAAACGGGGACGUGACCGAAGCGCUGACCCCGCCGCUUCACGGCGUGCCCACGGUCACGCUCAACGGGAGCCGCGGAAACAAAACAGCAAUACGGGCAGACCUCUGGGGUGAAAUUUGUAAGCUGUUGUCGGAUCCGAUACCUCCAAAUUGUCCUGAGCCAGAUGACUCUAUAGUGGUUAACAAUCCAGAAUAGAAGAUGAGGAACUGAAUGUCUACAACAGACUGCCAAUUAAACUUGUAAAACUGUUUAAAAUAAAAUGAUUUUUAUAAACUCCA